UUGAAUGCUCCCCAUUGCUGUGGUCAGACCAGGUUAUUAGUUCCUACCAGCAUAGCUCAGACUCACAGUCUUUACAGAUGAGAUAACCGCAUGCAUACAGGACAAAGCCCUGGCCAGGAAACAGAAAGGAAUUUCCAAGAGGUAAUUCAACACGAAUUGUUACAACUUUAUUAUCAGCACCGGGACAGACGCAGCCCCUGCACACGCGGCUCCGAGAUGCAGGAAGCUGGAGAGAAGGGAGGGAAGACCCUCCCAGGUGAAGGGGAGGAGGCAGCAGCCAUUAGCCCAUGGGGUAGUUUGCUCCUUAUCAGUAGUGCCCGCGCUUUGCUUUGUUUCCGUCCCUGUCAGCCGUGCCCGGAGCCGGCGGCACGGCCCAGGCAAAGGCCAUGGCCGGGCUGAAGGAAGAGCUGACCUGUCCCAUCUGCCUGGACAUCUACAAGGAGCCCACGAGCGCGGGCUGCAGCCACAGCUUCUGCAAGGACUGCAUCAAGCAGGCGCUGCGGGGCCAGCAGAGCCCUGCCCGGUGCCCGCUCUGCCACUCGCUCGUCGGGGAGCUGCGGGCCAACUUCCACCUCCGCAACAUCGUGCAGAGGUUCCUGGAUGAUCCCGCGCACCGAGAGGAGGAAAAGCAGGAAGCGCAAGGCCAGGAGAAGGGGGAAAGCUCGGGCCAGGCCGGGGAGGUGGUGCUGUGUGACUCCUGCCUCCAGGAGCCGCAGCCCGCAGUGAAGACGUGCCUGAGCUGCGAAGCCUCGCUGUGCCAGGCGCACCUGAGCAGGCACAACAGCCGGCACGGGCAGAAGAGCCACGUGCUGGUGGAGCCCUGCGAUGGGCAGCUUUUGGCUGAGAGGAGAUGCCCCCAGCACGGCAAACUGCUGGAGUGCUUCUGCGAGAGUGACUCGGAGUGCAUCUGCGUCCUGUGCUCCGUCAUCUCGCACAAGAACCACAAGAUCAUCAGCUUGGAGGAGGCUUUCAGCGAAGCGCAGGUAUCUUUUCCUGGAAUUCUGAAAACACUGAAGAACCAUGAAGCUGUCGUGGAUAAAGCCCUUGUAAACCUGCUGAAACAAAUGGAGGGACUAAAGAGUGAUGAGAGCCAGCGGAGGGCACGGCUGGAGAGCCUGUUCCAGGAGAUGCAUAAAGAGCUAGAGAAGAAAAAAAGGGAGGUCCUGAAAGUUCUCAGUGACUAUGAGGAGGAACAACUUGCUAAGAUUCAGACAGAGUUGAAUAAUCACAAGAGGAUGAAGGAUUUGGCCAACCAGGAUGUUCAGAAGCUGCAGGCUCUGAGGAAUCAGAAGGACACACUUCUUUUCACCAAGGCUUUUUCAGCGAUCAGAGGCAGGAAAUGCCAGCCGCUUCCUAAAAGGGAAGUUGUGCCAAAGCCACCCAUUAAUUUGGAUAAAUCAACCAAAGAUGGUAUUCUGAGACUUUUCCAGCAAUUCAUCUCAAACAUGGAGGUCUCCUUUAAGCUCUCAUCACAUUGGGGAUAUGAAGGAACAUCUACUGGUCGAAGAUAUUAAUGGUAGAAGAAACACUGUCUUUUCAUGAUGUGUCUGUCAAGGCUGGACAUCUUGCUAAGAACUUCAGGCUUACAGAGACUGGAACCAUCUCUUUCAAAUGUCCCAUCCAUGAUGCCAUCAGAGUGAUGAAGCUCCUGUUAGUAAUGUGAUUACAAGGUGUUUUGUUUGUUCAGGCCUAGAAAUUGUGCGCCUUGCACGGAGGCUAUGCCAAGCUGGAUUGUGGGCUGCUAUGAGGGGGUGUAUCACAGCACCCCACCUCUUCCUGCAAGAGCUCCUCUUAUUUAUUCUGUUAAUCAUAAUGGAAAUACCGUUAAGUUGGGCAUUUUUGCUCGGCUGUUUUAAAU